GUGUUCACAUUAAUCCAGAAUGUCCAACACCACUAUGUGCAGCUGGUUGCUUUGUGAAAGAAAAUGAUAAAAAUGGUUGUCCGACAUGUGCCUGUGAAGCUGAAAAUGCACCUUUAACUGAUUUGAAGACUUGUGUUCUUCCAAAUUGCACUGGCCAUAAUUGUUAUUAUGCACUUGGAGAAGAUGGGUGUCCUGACUGCUCUUGCGAUCCACCCUGUGGAGUCUGUCCUCCAGAUUGUCAAGAACAAACAGAUGUUCCCGAAGGCAAAUGCCCAAUAUGUAUGUGCAAUGAAAUAGUCGAAAGCAGUAAUAUUGCUGAAGUAACAACUUGCCAAACACCAGUUUGUGAAGGGGUCAACUGUAAUAUCAAAAUUGAUGAAAAUAACUGCACACAAUGCAUAUGUGAGCCUGAAUGCGAUAUUCCAGUCUGCAAACCUGGUUGCAAAUUAGAAACAGAUGUCUCCAAGGAUAAAUGUCCAAAAUGUAACUGCUCAGUAGCCACUGAAAAAAAACCUUGUCCCACACCUUUUUGUGAAGGAAGUAAUUGCACAAUGGUAAUUGAUGAAGACAACUGCACAAAAUGUGUAUGUGCUCCACAAUGUCAACCACUUAAAUGUGAAGAAGGUUGUACUUUAGAAAAGAAUGUUUCAAAAGAAGAAUGUCCACAGUGUGUAUGUAAAGAUGAAGACAAAGAUAAAGUUAAUGUUCCCAAAACUAAAGAAGAAGAAGUAUCUUCUGUAGAAGAUACUACAAUAGCUCCUGUUGUGGUAGAGACCACUACAGAAGUCAAAUGUCCCGCACCGGACUGCAGAGGUUAUAAUUGCCGAAUUCUAGUAGGCCUGAAUGGAUGUCAGACUUGCACCUGCGAAAGUAGGUGUCCACCUACCAGUUGCAUUCCAGGAUGCACCGUAGAAGAGAAUCCUCCUCCGGAUAAGUGUCCUGGCUGCAUCUGUCAUCUCACAGCAAAAUCAGAAGAUCCAAAGGCAAAUGAAUCAUGAAGAUUCAAUUGAUGCAGCAGAGUAAAUAUUAGAAGCUCUAUCAUUCCAUCAAAAUUUUGAAAAUUAUGAUUAUUAUAUCUUACUGUGAUUUGGUGUCGAGAGCACACGACGCAGUUCCAUCAUUAUUUUACGAGGAGAUUUCUCUGCAAAAGAUCACCUUCCAUUAAAUAUAUAUUUUAUUCGACUGUUGUAAUUCACUUAUUUGUUUUCAGAAAUUUAAAUAUAUAUUUGUAUAAAAGAUAA